AUGAAAGAACCCGAAUCUAAACCAGGCGUCAUUGGAUCAGUUGCCCCUCCACCAUUCGAUAUGAAAGAAUCCGAAUCUAAACCAGACGUCAUUGGACCAGUUGCCCUUCCACCAUUCGAUAUGAAAGAACCCGAAUCUAAGCCAGGCGUCAUUGGAUCAGUUGCCCUUCCACCAGUCCAUAUGAAAGAACCCGAAUCUAAAACAGGCGUCACUGGACCAGUUGCCCUUCCACCAGUCCAUAUGAAAGAACCCGAAUCUAAACCAGGCGUCACUGGACCAGUUGCCCUUCCACCAGUCGAUAUGAAAGAACCUGAAUCUAAACCAGGCGUCACUGGACCAGUUGCCCUUCCACCAGUCGAUGUGAAAGAACCAGAAUCGAAACCAGACGUCACUGGACCAGUUGCCCUUCCACCAGUCGAUAUGAAAGAACCCGAAUCUAAACCAGACGUCACUGGACCAGUUGAUCUUCCACCAGUCUAA